GUCAUACAUCGAGACUUGAAAGUAAGCAACAUUCUCUUGGAUGAAAAGAUGAACCCGAAAAUUUCAGAUUUUGGGCUAGCACGAAUGUUUGAGGGCACUCAAGUUUUGGUGAACACUCAAAAAAUUGUUGGAACACUUGGCUAUAUGUCUCCUGAGUACGCCAUGGGUGGAAUAUUUUCCGAGAGGUCCGAUGUCUAUAGCUUUGGAGUGUUGCUACUUGAGAUAGUAAGCGGCAAAAAGAACACAACCCUGUAUGACCAGGGACAUCUGAAUCUCCUUUCCUACGCAUGGCAAUUGUGGAGUGAUGGCAAAGCAUUGGACCUAACGGAUGUAGCAAUGGCUGUUAGCUCUCAUUUGGAGGUAACGAGAUGCAUCCAUGUUGGGCUUCUCUGUGUUCAGGACCAUGCCACGGAUAGACCAAACAUGUCGAAUGUGGUUCUGAUGUUAAGUGGCGAGUCAGAUCUUCCUCAGCCGAGGCAGCCUAUAUUCACUUUCCAAGCUGAAAUGCCAAAUCGUUCUAUUCCAUCACAGCAAGAAAGCAUCCAGUCUGUUAACACUAUCACUAAUACAGUGGUCGAAGGAAGAUGACUAUCUAUUUUCAUUUUUCUUUUUCUUUUUUUUGGAGAUGACUUUGUUGUUAUUUUUUAAGAUUUUAGUGUUAAUUCAAUUCAAGGAUGGCUUUAGUCCACUCUGAA